CAAUCCGGCGAGAAUGCCGCCCUCCUCCGGAGCUCGAUUGGGAUGGCGGCCGCCUCCUCCAGCCCCAGCCCUACGCCCAAUGCCAACGCCAGCGUCGGCGCAUUCGAGGCGCUCCACGACUGCACUGCCGUCGACUCGCCCGAUCGAUGGCUCACUUGCAACAUGGAGUAUGGAAAUUUCUACAAGCUCUCCCGCCCAGCGUCGGCGGCGGUGGCCAGGCGCGCCGAGGCGCUGGCGGAGAAGCAAAAGCAGCAGCAGCAGCAGCGGCCACAGACCGUGCCCAAUCUAAAUCUCGAGGCGCUGCACGAGAAAUGCGAGAAGAAAUGGGAGUUGCUUACCAAGCAGCUGGAGGAGUGCCGGAGCGAGGUGGAGCAACUCCGGCUACAAAAACGCGAUCAAAAGCCUGAGAGUCCUAGAAUCAGCCCUCGCAGCAACAAGACGUGUCGUGAAGAGUACUACGAUGACGAGACCCCGCUUACAACCUCUCGCUGCGAGCACGACCGGGCUCAAAGCUCUCCCGGACGAUCUUCGUAUGGCGACCGAGAGAGCCCUCGCGGCCAAAAAGCGUACGAAGGCAAGAUCUACGUAGGGAAGAAGGACGACACUGGAAGAAGAUCGCCGGCACACAAAGUCUUCAACAUUUGCAUCAGGAGAAGUCCAAGUCGAGACAAUGAAGAAGAUAGCCAGCGAUACGAAGAGAAAAACCAGCGAUACGAAGAUAAACGCCAGCGCUACGAAGACAAACACCAGCAACGCUACGAAGACAAACAAUCGCAACGCUACCACCAGGAAGAAGACCUCGACGACGACGAGUUUUGCGACAAGUGCAAGAUGAUGGAGCGCCCCGGGAGCUCGCAGAUGCAGCUCGACGAUGUCAUCCCUCCGCCGCGGCCGAGGCGAGUCAAGAAGAAGUGGCGAAAGCAGCGGCAGGACAGGGAUCAAGCUUCCGACUCAUCGGUUCAUCCGGCAACUUCAAAGUACAAUUACUACAAGUACUACGGUUUUGCAGGCCAUGGUGCUAAGACGAGCUGGGGACAUAACUUUCCUCUGGGAUUGAUUCCACCGCAUUCCGUGAGAGCUCCACCAGAGUUAGUUGUUCCCGAGGAUAUCAUGUUUCGAAGGAAUGUGUACUAAGAAGUUUUUCUCGUGUUUUUUGUUCUUCGUUUCUUUUGUUCUUCUCUCGUCGUGAUCUUAGUUGUAUAGAUCUUCCAGGUGAAAAUUGCUAUGGUUUCUCGA